ACCAAAAUCCAUUUUCCUAUUUCCAUCUACAUGACUUUGCUAUUCAGCUAAAAGAAACAAAAUCCUAAUGGUAUAAAGCAAACACAAAGAAAUAAAUAAAGGAUUGCCAUACAAUAUAUAGGAAUAGAAUAGGUGACAAAGCCAUAGCCAAAACCAAAACGUCCCAAAUCCCUUCAAUGGCUUCUUCCUUAACUUCGCCUUCCCUUUCUUCAUCUUCAACCUCUUCUUCUACUUCUCUAUUCUCUUCUUCUUCUCCCUCUUCUCUCUAUCAUAAAAGCUUUGUUCCUAAACGCACCCGUCUUCCCACCCAUGUUAAAUGUGAAAUCAGCGAACCAGUGAAUGGGAAGCCUAGUGUGCCAAUCAUCAAUGAUGGAACACUUUCAAAGUUCUUGCAAGCAAGGCGCCUGCAGAAUGCCGUUGGUAGAAACAAUAAUAGACUGAAGAUAUUCACUGGAACUGCAAAUCCUUCGCUUUCUCAGGAAAUUGCUUGGUACAUGGGCUUUGAGCUGGGAAAGGUCAACAUCAAGCGCUUUGCUGAUGGUGAAAUUUAUGUCCAGUUGCAAGAGAGUGUUCGAGGCUGUGAUGUCUAUUUGAUUCAGUCCACAUGUCCUCCGGCCAAUGAAAACCUUAUGGAGCUUCUGGUAAUGAUAGAUGCAUGUCGAAGGGCUUCUGCCAAGACCAUUACUGCAGUUAUUCCAUACUUUGGAUAUGCCAGAGCUGAUAGAAAGACACAAGGUCGUGAAUCCAUUGGCGCCAAAUUGGUUGCGAACCUUAUAACUGAAGCAGGUGCGGAUCGUGUUUUGGCUUGUGAUCUGCACUCUGGGCAAUCCAUGGGUUACUUUGACAUUCCAGUGGACCAUGUGUACUGUCAGCCUGUUGUCCUUGAUUACCUUGCCAGCAAGAAAAUUUCUUCUGAUGAUUUGGUAGUAGUUUCUCCUGAUGUUGGCGGAGUUGCUAGAGCACGUGCCUUUGCAAAAAAGUUAUCCGAUGCACCUUUAGCCAUUGUGGACAAAAGGCGGCAAGGGCAUAAUAUAGCUGAGGUUAUGAACCUGAUAGGUGAUGUUAAAGGAAAAGUUGCAGUUAUGGUGGAUGACAUGAUUGACACAGCAGGGACUAUUGCCAAAGGUGCAGCACUUUUACAUCAGGAGGGGGCACGUGAGGUUUAUGCAUGCUGUACACAUGCUGUUUUUAGCCCACCUGCUAUUGAGAGGUUGUCAAGUGGCCUUUUUCAAGAGGUCAUCGUCACAAACACAAUUCCUGCAAUGGAGAAAAACUAUUUCCCUCAGCUGACUGUUCUUUCAGUUGCAAAUCUUCUCGGUGAAACAAUUUGGCGAGUCCAUGAUGAUUGUUCUGUGAGUAGCAUUUUCCAGUAGGUAGGACAGAUACUGGCAACCCCUCAGGUGACCGAACCCCACGUUUAGUUUUCUGUACUUUUUAUUCUUCGAAUUAUCCUUACCUCGUUUGCUCUUCCAUCAGUUGACACUUCCAUUGGCAUGUUCCUUUACCUUAAGAGGUCACUGACAUGCAGAGCGAACAAAUUCUUCUUUCUUUCUUUUUUUUUUUCAUGAUUGUUUUUCACCUACACUUUUAGAGUAUUUCGCUAUUCUUUAAGUUAGAUAGUAGAAAGGAUGGGAAAAUGUGAAGUCCUGUGCUUAUUAGCAGCUGGGAUUGCUGACAGAAAAUGCUGUUUUUUUUUUUUAAAUCAUAUGGUAUCUGAAGUCCACUUCCUCGAAUAAUUCAAAUUUGCACUAGGUAGGCCCAUUAUGGGAGGUAAAACACGCACUACCAAGAAGUUUUGCAUUUGCAGGCCUCGAACUUGUGACCUAGUUAAAAGAUUCCAUCCAUCCCGCCACACCCCUUGAUGGUAGAAAAUGCUGCUCUGACAUAGUCCCUCAUCUUUGAAAAAGGUCAAUAUGAGAGUGUCGAGUUUCAAUUCCUGCCUGAAUGUGGUUUCUUGGAGCCUCCUUUGGAGCUGUGUUAUUAUGACAUUGAUUUGUUUUAGUACAUGUAAGAAACUGGUCCAGUGAGACCUAUUGGAAAGACAAGUUGAUCUAAUAUAAUGUUCAGAGAGGAUAUUGUUAUUUGUUCUCA